AGCGCCAUUUUGUCAAGAACGUUGCGGUUCUGAAGUGAAUUAUGAUAAAAGAUAAGAAAUUAGAGGAAAAAAAUCAUUGUGGUUUGACUGCCUAAGAGCGAGACAGCGGGAAGUUGGAAAACAGGCUAAGGGCUUUCAGCAAAUGCCAGAGAAGACAGCCGCGUGGGCGGGAUUUGGCUUGUUUCGGUGUUAACCACGUGAUUGUUUCCGUGGUAACCAGCUCUUUGAGUUCUGAAUGGUGUGAUUGGCCUGUGGAAACAAGGUGAUUGGAGAGUUGAUCUGUCAUUGUCAAGGUAAAAAUGUAUCAACUUCCUGUAACCAAGCUGGAAACUAUCAGAAAAUCCAGAAAGAAGGUGAAAAGGAUCCUGUCUGAUAUUGGUCUGGAAUACUGUAAAGAACUAUUGGAGGAGUUUAAAAGUUAUAAUCCAGGGGAAUACUACAUAAAAAACACGACGUGGAAUGACGUUUCAGUAUGGCAGCCAGUCAAAAAGUCGAAGGCUUACCGAACAAAACCAUAUUGCUGCAGUCUAUGCAAUUUUUCAACAAAAUUUAUUUCCGCUUAUAAAAGUCAUAUGCGAUGUUCCCAUGAGGAUGAGAUGGAUGUAGAACUGAUGACUAGUUGUCCUAAUUGCACAUUUAUCUCUCAUCAGAAAAGUAUGAAAAAACAUGUUAAAAUAUUUCAUUCUGAUACUCGGAAAGUGUACAACACUGCCAACCAUGUGAAUACAGAUCAAAUAAGACCGAUUCAACCCAAAAUGUUUCAGGGCAAAAUAUCAAACCUAGUCCAGCCUGUUUAUUUUUGCAGGGUAUGCUCGUACAAAGAGGUGUCAUUGUAUGCCAUGAAGAAACAUGUUUUUCUUUCACACUUUGGCAAUUUAUUAAAUAAUUACAUUGGUCAGGUGGAGGAACCGGUAUUACUUUCUGUAUAUAAGUAUUUUUGUAAAGGAUGCCAAAUGAAAAUGGUCACCUAUGAUGCCUUUCUAUAUCAUAUUCUGGAUAGACAUAAAGAAGUGGUAGGUCCUGUAAAAGCUACAAUUGGGCACGUAACUGAGCUAAGCCCUAGGCUGCACAUUGCUCCUAAGGCUCUGGGGAGCAGUGUUUCUCUGCCAGUACUCCCGAGUGUGAGAUCACCAGUACCACCACUUAAUCCCAAAUUAACAGGACAUGUGCUUUCCUGUGUUAAAUCGGCUGCACCAGCACAAAGUAUCAGACCAAUUGGAUCAGUAUUUCCAAGUGUGGCAUCAACAGCAAAUAUUACCUUACCUAUACCAUCAGCUUCCUGUGUGAGAUCGCCUGUGCAACAGGCUGUUAAUAUAUUGACACUUCCUCAAAAUAUUAAACCAGUAGCUUUGGGAUCAUUAAGACCAAGCAUGAGUUCUUUUCCUUUGCAGAACAAUGUUAUUCCAGUAACUGUGUCCACUGCUGGUCCUGGAGGUUUUCCAAAACCAGCACCUGUUAACCUGGUAUCUGCUACUUUUCAGGUCACUCAGAAUAACCUUACAAUCCGAGCAGUAAGUCCGGUCCUUCCUCAGGCGUUUUUGAUGCCACAAGGAUUGACUGUGGAUCAUGCAGCAGGAGCUAAUAUUCCAAGAAAUGCCCUGCCAACUAAUUCCCAGACAGUGAGACACUUAAUUCAAAGCAACAAGCAUGUCAAUGGUGUACCUGCAUACACUCUAACCCCAGUUCAGUUUUCUUUGCCUGUUACUCCAGGUAGUAUAUUGAGUAACAAACCUGGGGUGUUUUCUACAUCGCAAGUGCCACUUAAUAUUUCCCAAACAAAUACAAACAAUAUUUCUCAACAACAAAUAAAAGGAUUGCCUGCUGAAAUUGCAGUGAUGUCUGCAACAGGGGAGCAGAAGCAGAGUGCAGCAGAACCUGCAGCUGCUGUCGACUAUACUGCACAAAAUAUCAAGGCUCAACAGUGGAAGAGUUGCUCAGUGUGUAGUGCAUUGCUGCCACUGAGUGCUUAUGAUAAUCAUGUUGCGACAGCACAUAAGAUUGAGGAAUAUUCUGAUAAACCAGAGAAGAUUGUAGCCUGUGCUACUUACUUGCAGAGAGUGCGUGCUCAAACAAGUAAGUGUCUUUUCUGUCGAAGUUAUAUGGAUAAAAAUGUACUAAUGUCCCAUUUGCUAAUGCAUGGCCUGACUUGUUUGUUCUGUUCUCUGACAUUCCAUGAGCUCCCAAAAUUUUCAGAACAUGUGAAGGCCAUGCAUGCUGGAUUGAGAUUUGAAGCUGUUGAAAAUGUUAAAGAUGGAGUAUCAACUGUUCAUGAAAUAAAUGGUGGUAGUUUUAAUUUAACAGUUAAAUUGCCAGAAGCUAAAAUGGGUCCUAAUGAUAUCCAUUUAACGCUUAUUCCAAACAAAAUGUCUACCCCUCAUGCACCUUUAGUAAUUGAGGUGUGCAGGCAAACAGAUGAAAUUAGUAUGGAAGAAAAUGUAAUAGAGCCCCAAAGUUCAAAAUGUCCCUUUUGUUCAGAACACUUUUCAAGCAUAACCUAUGAAAACCAUUUGCAAGAAGAUCAUCAUGUAGCGUCAAUGGUUCAUCCACUGCUGAGGAUACCGGCUUUCAAGUGCAUUCACUGUCUUGGUGUAUACACAGACAGCAUGACCACUUCAACAAUAUCUCUUCAUCUGUUGCGUUGUCGAGGCCUUAAUAAACAGCAAAGUGAUAUUUUGUCAAAGAGUGGUGUUCAAUCAAAGCGUGAAUUUCCAGAAACAGCCACGAAGUGCAAUAAUGAACUUACAAAUGGGGGUAAGAGAGACUUGGCAUUGCCUUCUCCUAAACGAAUAAAAACUGAUGUUUUAGCAAAUAAUUUUGAUGUCUCCCCUGUGGUGUUAACUGACUCUGCAAACACUCCACAUUCUCCACCAUUACUGGACCCAUCCACGGUCUUGGCGCUAGUUCCAAAAGGCUUUGAGGAUCGCUCAUAUGAAGAAAGAAAGCUAUUCCUACUUGACUACUUUCACAAGCAGCCAUACCCCAGUAAUAAAGAAAUUGAGAUGUUAUCUUCAAUCUUGUGGCUAUGGAAAAAUGAUGUUGCCUUUGUCUUUGGCAAUAAGCGAAGACUCUGCUUGAAAGCAAUGAAGUACAAACCAUAUGUGCUUUUGGGAUUCAAUAUGACUGAAUUAAGGAAAGUGAAGCACAAUCUCAAACUGGGUGAUGUUGAUACAAAUAUUUGACAGCUGCUAUUCCCAAACUUAAGCGGAUGAAUCAAUUGGAAGUGAAGGUACGGGUGGUCUACCAGUUGACAUAAAUGCAAGGAGACACCAAUACUCAAGACAAUCAGAGUACAAGAGCAAAUGGGUCAAAUGAUUUUGCUUUUAGAGGGGAGGUGUGCCUUUUGUUCUAAUUUGGCUAAAAUGUCUUAUGGCUGGAAACUAGAAGCCAAGCGGAACUUAAAUAGCAAUGUUGAACUUGAAGCCAAAAAUGUCAUGUUUAUUUAAAACCACUUAGUAUGCUGCCUAGUUACUCAAUGGUUUUCAGAAAUAUGUAACCUUGUGUAAAAGCAAGAAGGAAUUUGUUGAAAUUGGAUAACAAUGCAUGAUUGUGCUGUCAAUAUGUUGUUACAGAGAUUAAUGUACAAUCCUGUAAUGUUGAUCAACUAAGUUUACGUACAAUUUAUUUUGCCUUGCAUUUCAUGCCUUGUUUUAAAUUUGGUUCAUGUGGCAGUCUCUUCCUCUGGGGAUAAAUGAUUUUGAAUUAUUUUUUCACAGGAGGGUAAGAAAAUAGAAAUUUGGUGCUCUUGAUGCAGAGUUGCUUCCGGCACAGGCCUUGUCGCUCUUUGCAUGAGCGUAAAUUUGCUCUUUUGAUAGUUUCAAUAGUUGUUAAUGGGGGCUGGAGCUGCUGCUUAUCUCAUUUUAACUACUUCUGUUAGAACUUUGAGAUUAAACCUAUAAAUCACUAAUCCUCAGACCACUUGAACUAUCCCAUAUGUACUUCCCAUUACUGAUCAUUUAAUCUCUUAAAUUUUCAAUAUUUGUAUUUUCACAACUUUAUUUUUCUUGAAUGUUUAAUCAUAGAUAAUUUGGGUAUUUGAAUUUAUCUACACCUAUGAUUAAAAAUAU